GCGGCGGUGGCGGCGGCGGCGGCGCCUCCCCAAGGCUGGAGGAGGCCGCGGUGGCGGCGGCGCUGUUCCCCGCGCGGAGCGCGCAGCGGGGACCGGGCUGCGUGACUCGGGCGGCAGCGGCACUGCGGCUCGAGCCCGGGUCCCCUCCCCGGCCGCCCCCCGGGCCCCCGCGUCCUCUCCCCCGCUGGCGGGGCUCGGACGGAAGAUGGUGCAGAAGAAAACAGCCGAACUGCAGGGCUUCCACCGUUCGUUCAAGGGUCAGAACCCUUUCGAGUUGGCCUUUUCUCUAGAACAAGCCCAGCACGAGGACAGCGACUUGAGCCUGGAGUGCCAGAGCCGCCCUGACAUGCCCGCCAGCCAGCCCAUCGACAUCCCCGAUGCCAGGAAAAGGGGCAAGAAGAAGAAACGGUGCCGAGCCACCGACAGCUUCUCUGGCAAGUUUGAAGAUGUGUACCAGCUGCGCGAGGAUGUGCUGGGGGAGGGCGCGCAUGCCCGAGUGCAGACCUGCAUCAACCUCAUCACCAACCAGGAGUACGCGGUCAAGAUCAUUGAGAAGCAGCCGGGCCACAUUCGGAGCAGGGUGUUCCGGGAGGUGGAGAUGCUGUACCAGUGCCAGGGACACAGGAAUGUCUUGGAGCUGAUCGAGUUCUUCGAGGAGGAGGACCGUUUCUACUUGGUGUUUGAGAAGAUGCGGGGCGGCUCCAUUCUAAGCCACAUCCACCAACGAAGGCACUUUAACGAGCUAGAGGCCAGCGUGGUGGUGCAGGACGUGGCCAGCGCCUUGGACUUCCUGCACAACAAAGGCAUCGCCCACCGGGACCUAAAGCCGGAAAACAUCCUCUGUGAGCACCCCAACCAGGUCUCCCCGGUGAAGAUCUGUGACUUCGACCUGGGAAGUGGCAUCAAGCUCAACGGAGACUGCUCCCCAAUCUCCACACCCGAGUUGCUUACUCCGUGCGGCUCGGCCGAGUACAUGGCCCCGGAGGUGGUGGAGGCCUUCAGCGAGGAGGCGAGCAUCUACGACAAGCGCUGCGACCUGUGGAGCCUGGGCGUCAUCCUCUACAUCCUGCUCAGCGGCUACCCGCCCUUCGUGGGCCACUGCGGCAGCGACUGCGGCUGGGACCGUGGCGAGGCCUGCCCGGCCUGCCAGAACAUGCUGUUCGAGAGUAUCCAGGAGGGCAAGUACGAGUUCCCCGAAAAGGACUGGGCCCACAUCUCCUGGGCCGCCAAGGACCUCAUCUCCAAGCUCCUGGUGCGGGACGCCAAGCAGAGGCUGAGUGCGGCCCAGGUUCUCCAGCACCCGUGGGUGCAGGGGUGCGCCCCUGAGAACACGCUGCCCACUCCCAUGGUCCUCCAGAGGAACAGCUGUGCCAAAGACCUGACAUCGUUCGCGGCCGAGGCCAUGGCCAUGAACCGGCAGCUGGCCCAGCGUGAGGAGGGCGCAGCAGAGGAAGAUUCGGGGCCUCGGGUGAUCCGUGCCACCUCCCGCUGCCUGCGCCUGUCCCCGCCGUCCCAGUCCCAGCUGGCCCAGCGGCGGCAGCGUGGCAGCCUGUCUGCUGCGCCCCUGGUCCUGGUGGGGGACCACGCGUGACCCCCCUACCCCCUUCUGUACAUAGGCCCCCCACUUCCCCCAGCACCCCCAGAUCUAAAGAUUUUUUUAAGCUAUUGUCAGCCGAGCCCCAGGCUGCCUCCCCCACCCCCCAUGGGGUUCCCACGGGAAACCCAGCUGCGGGGAUCUGGGGGGGUCUUUUUAUAUAAGGUUUUUGCUGUUGGGUUUUCACCUUUUUUUUUUUUUUCUGACCUUCCUUCUCCAGCCUCUUCCCCAACCCAUCUCCUUUUCCCCCUUUUUAUGGUGUUAAGAAGCAAAGCGGGCUUCCGGGAGGAGGAAGGAGGGUGUUCGAGGCUGGGUAUGUCCCAGCCUCCUUCCCGGCCCCCCCACAUGCUCACGUGUACUGUGACAGGCCCCCCAGCCCAGCCGGACUCAGGAGGGGGGAGGGCUUUUCCGUCUUCCAGAGCUGGGGGGAUUCCCCAGCGCCCCCAAACCCCCUGCCGUGUUUUCAGGGAUGGCUGCCCCUCGGGCCUCCCCGAGAUUCCUCACCCCAAAGAUGCCUAGUGGCUUUGAUGGGGAGGAUGGAGCUCUCCAUCCCAGGGAGGGAACCUGGGUGCAGGCAGAUCUAAUGAGAACCUGCUGCAUCCCCGUUCCUCUCACCCCACUGACAAUCUGGCUUCUUCCAGCUCCUAUCAUGGCAGAUGCUGGGGUGGGGGGGUCCCCCAUUCUUCCCUGCCAGGGACACCACCCACGCAGGAGGUUGGCCCCUGAUGGUGUGGAGGAGCAGGACAGGUCCCCAUCAGCCAGUGAGGGGGUCCCGCAGACCCCACCCGGGCACCAACAGUGCCCCCAACUCAGGGCUCAGUCUGGCUAUGGCCAUGUCCGGCGCACCUCGCCUCCCCCAGCCUGUGGGGGGUGCACACCGCUAGCCCCCCUCCCUUCCCCAUCCCGGAGGGCAGCCUCUGCCAACUUCAGGAAACUGCGAGGCCCCUACACCCCCCCCCCCCAUCCAGGUCUGGGUUCUCUGGAAACACGCCCUGGGCCGGGGUACACUAUGCAAUACAGGCUUCCCCCUUUUCUACAGCGCGUGCUUCCACCGAGAAUCUUGAGGGGGCCCCGCCCGGCCAGGCCCCCUCCCGCAGCCGACUUUGCGUCCCUGUUGUUGGAAAUACUUGAAUGUCGGGGGGGCCUUGUGGGCGGUGAAGCGGGCGGACACCCUCUCUCGCCAACCCCCUUCCACCCCCAGUCACACAAGGGCCAGCUGCGGGGGUAGUGGGCUGCGCCCCCGCCUCCUCGUGCCUGGAUCUGCGGGACCCGCCUCGCCUCUUCCAAAGACCCGGGGUGCGCCUGCCCAGCCCCGCAUCUCGCCCAUCGGUGAUUCCACGUGUUGCAACUGAGGGUUCUCUGCCUUUUUGUACCAAGAACCGGAGGGUGGGCCCCGCAGUCACUGGGCGGGCACCGUUACUGUGAAUGAGGGCCCCGCGGGGACACUGUGCUUUCGGCGGCCAGAGUGGGGGACACAUCCAAGCACUUUAGCUCCGGGGUACCAGGCCGCCCGACACAGCGCGUGCCCGCCCGCCGCCCACCGCAGGCGCCGGGAUUUUGUAUCUGUUUUGUAAGGAUUUAAUAAAAGAAACCCUACCGAG